CAGCGACCGGCUGCCUCGGGUCCAUGAUGGAGAAAGUUCCAUGCGAUGUUCACGGUGGCGUGUGCUUGUUAAAAACUGGCAUCAAAGAUGGAGCCAGCAAGGGCAAAAGCUUCUACGUGUGCGUGGACAAACGCGGCUGUGAUUUUAGCAAGACGGCGAGCAUCUCGCCAUCCCACUGCCUCCAGCAUGAAGACUCGGUGGUGGAACUCCAAGGGCUGACUUCCAACCAGCAGCACCAGAACCACAGGUUGUACUACAGGUGCAUCGUGGGUAAAAAAGCAGGCCAGAAAUGGUGUGGAAAUGUUCCCUGGACUGCGCCUGAGCAGCAGCAGCAGAAACAUGGAGAACAGGCCCAGGUUCUCCACCUGCCGCCUGUCAGAAACCCCUUCAAGGCUCCUGAGAAAACGUGUGAAGACUCUGAGUGGAAGAGGAUGCAGCACGCUCACACUGAGCAGAAAGGAGGAGAAGAGGUGGCACGGAGGGAGGGCGAGGGGAAAGAAAAUGUGGAGAAGAAAAGUGCGUCAGAAGGCCAAGGGAAGCUGGUCACUCACAGAGGCCAGCAGCUUCCAGCGGGUAUGACGCUGAAGAAGAAGUCUUCUGAACAGGAGGGAGACCACCUCAAAGUGGAGCAGACACCUUCCCCAAGCAGUGGCAGAGCUACAGAGCCAACAUCCUCAGAUGUUCUUCAGGACUGCAAGCAGCAAGCUGCAGGAGCGACAGCCAGGGUCUCCAAAAGCCACACUGCCGCCUCCUCCCGUGGGCCCGCGACCAGCUCUUCCAAGCAUGAGGAGGAAGACGAGGUGGUGUUUGUGUCCCAGAAAACUCCCCCUGCCUCCACCGUCCAGAAGACCUUGACCGCAGGAUCGACAGCCAGCGUCUCCAAAAGCCACACUCCCGCCUCCUCCCGCGGGCCCGCGACUGGCGCUCCUGAGCAUGAGGAGGACGACGAAGUGGUGUUUGUGUCCCAGAAAACUCCCCCUGCCUCCACCGUCCAGAAGACCUUGACCGCAGGAACGACAGCCAGCCACUCCAAAAGCCACACUCCCGCCUCCUCCCGCGGGCCCGCGACUGGCGCUCCUGAGCAUGAGGAGGACGACGAAGUGGUGUUUGUGUCCCAGAAAACUCCCCCUGCCUCCACCGUCCAGAAGACCUUGACCGCAGGAACGACAGCCAGCCACUCCAAAAGCCACACUGCCGCCUCCUCCCGCGGGCCCGCGACUGGCGCUCCUGAGCAUGAGGAGGACGACGAAGUGGUGUUUGUGUCCCAGAAAACUCCCCCGGCCUCCGCCGUCCAGAAGACCUUGACCGCAGGAACGACAGCCAGCCACUCCAAAAGCCACACUCCCGCCUCCUCCCGCGGGCCCGCGACUGGCGCUCCUGAGCAUGAGGAGGACGACGAAGUGGUGUUUGUGUCCCAGAAAACUCCCCCUGCCUCCACCGUCCAGAAGACCUUGACCGCAGGAACGACAGCCAGCCACUCCAAAAGCCACACUGCCGCCUCCUCCCGCGGGCCCGCGACUAGCCCUCCUGAGCAUGAGGAGGACGACGAGGUGGUGUUUGUGUCCCAGAAAACUCCCCCAGCCUCCACCGUCCAGAAGACCCUGACCGCCUACCCGGGGUUUGGACCUGCUUCCAAAGCCCAAGGUCCGCUGAAGGAUCCUCAAGGGAUGCACAAGCUGCUGUCUAAGGAGCUGCAGCAGAAGAAGGCGACUCUGUCUGCAAUCAAUGUGGCGGCGCUGCCAGACAAAGGCGAGCGGCUGAGGACCCAGGUUAAAGACCUGGAGGCGGCACUGGACUCUCUGAGCCUUUCUUCAAGUUCUCAGCAUGACUGUGGAGACACGACUCCAUCCAGCAGCAGCAGCAGCAGCCGUGGGAUCAACCCCUUCAGCCGCCCCGCCAGCGCCAUCAUGCUUCCUGUCUCCCAGGCCGCAAGACCUUCUGUCCAGUCCAGCCAAGUGCACGGAGCAGCCGCCGCCCAAAUGCAGUCCUUCUAUGGCGGCAGGAUGACGGAAGAUCGUCUGCUGGCGGUGAAGAACGCCACCUGCGAGGCCAUCGACCACCUCCACAAGUCGCUAGAGUCCUGUCCCGCCCCCGACACAGAGGCCCCAGACCCUAAAGGCCUCAAGGUGUCCCUGCUGGUCCACCAGAGAGCCGCUCUGGCUUGGCUGCUCUGGAGGGAAAGACAGAAUCCAUGUGGAGGCAUCCUGGCCGACGACAUGGGCCUGGGCAAAACUCUGACUAUGAUUGCACUCAUACUGGCCGACAAGGUGAAGGCCAAACAGGAGGAAGAAAAGAAGGAGGAGGAGAAGAAGAAACCGGAGAACUGGCUCUCUAAAACUGAUUGCAAGGUGGUGUCCUCCAAAGGCACACUAAUCAUCUGCCCCGCCUCGCUACUUCACCACUGGAAGAAAGAGAUCGAGCGGCACGUCAAGGCGGGGAAGUUGACCGUGUAUUUGUACCACGGGCCCGACCGCAAGAAGUCCGCCAGAGUGUUGGCCGCUCAUGACGUGGUGGUGACCACCUACGCUUUGGUCUCCAAGGAAGCGCCCGACCCCAAGGAGGGGGAGAAACCCCAGCAGGGGGCCGACCAUGUGCCGCCGCACUCCGGCCCUCUCCUGCAAGUGUCCUGGACCCGAGUCGUUCUGGACGAGGCCCACAGCGUGAAGAACCCCAAGGUGAAGACCUCCAUGGCCGUGUGCCAGCUGAGGGCGGGCGCCCGCUGGGCCGUCACGGGCACGCCCAUCCAGAACAACCUGCUGGACAUGUACUCUCUGCUCAAGUUCCUGCGCUGCUCCCCGCUGGACGAGUACAAGGUGUGGAAGGCGCAGGUGGACAACGGCUCCAAGCGGGGCCGGGACAGACUCAACAUCCUGACCAGGACUCUGCUCCUGCGCCGCACCAAGGACCAGCGGGACUCGUCUGGCCACCCCCUGGUGGCGCUCCCUGCUCGGACCUGCAAGGUGCACCGCCUCAAACUGUCCGCGGACGAGCAGGCGGUCUACGACGUGGUCUUUCACCGAUCCAGGUCCACCCUGCAGAACUACCUGAAGAGGCACGAAGGGAGCGACCUGAAGACCGGCGACAGCGACGCGUCAAACCCCUUCGACAAAGUGGCCAAAGACUUUGGUCUGUCCCAGUCCCACCUGCACCCCUCCACUUCCCAGCAGCCUCAGCAGGCGUCCAGCACCGUGCACAUCCUGUCCCUCCUGCUGCGUCUGCGCCAAUGCUGCUGCCACCUCUCACUGCUCAAAAAGACUCUGGAUUCGUCGGAGCUGGACGGGGACGGCAUCGUCUUGUCUUUAGAGGAGCAGCUCAACGCGCUCUCUCUCUCCUCCGGCCCCUCUUCGCCGGACGCCCCCAAAGACACGGUGGCCCUGAACGGCACGCGUUUCGCCUCUCAGUUGUUUGACGAGCACACCGUGAGCAGCAAGAUUUCUGCCAUCGUUUCUGAGCUGGAGACAAUCCGAGGGAAGGAGGACAAUCAGAAAAGCGUGAUCGUGUCCCAGUGGACCAGCAUGCUCCACAUCAUGGCCGCCCGCCUGGACCUCAUGGGCCUGCGCUACACCGUCAUCGACGGGACCGUCAACCCCGAGCGCCGGAUGGACCGGGUGGAAGACUUCAACACCAACCCCCGAGGAGCACAGGUGAUGCUGCUGUCCCUCUGCGCCGGGGGCGUCGGCCUCAACCUGGUGGGCGGGAACCACCUCUUCCUCAUGGACAUGCACUGGAACCCGGCGUUGGAGGACCAAGCCUGUGACAGAAUCUACAGAGUUGGACAAAAUAAAGAUGUCACCAUCCACAGGUUUGUGUGUGAGGGCACGGUGGAGGAGAAGAUCUCCACCCUGCAGCUGAAAAAGAAGCAGUUGGCCCAGAAUGUUCUGUCAGGAAGUGGGAGCAGCGUCACCAAACUCUCCCUCAAUGACCUCAGGAUCAUUUUUGGUGUUUGAGCCUUUGCACUAUCUAUUUUAAUUGUACUUUUCUUCAUUUAAUCUCUUAUUCCUUCUUCUUCGUUGAAAGGAAGUCUUUGUUUUGUGGAGUGGAUUGUGUAUCUUCUGUAAGUCCUUCAUCUUCACCAUUGCUUCUGCUUCCUUACUGACUAAAUAAAGUCUCAUUGUUUGCACUUUGCACCAA